AUGGUGUCAGUCAUACCAGUGAAGGAGAAGAAACCCAUGGAUGUCAAACUAGGGGAGCUGCCAAGCUGGAUUUUGAUGUGGGAUUUCACCCCUGAAGGCAUUGUUGGAGCCUUUCAAAGAGGUUACUACCGGUAUCACAACAAGUACAUCGAUGUGAAGAAGGGGAGCUUUGCUGGGAUUUCUAUGAUACUGGGAGCUUAUGUGCUUUUCAACUACUGCCUUUCUUACAAGGAGCUGAAACAUGAGCGGCGACGCAAGUACCACUGA